AUGAGUUGUGUUCACCUCCCUAGCCCUGUUGUCUCUCAGGUCUAUCCGGUGGAAAUGCUAUACGAAGGUCCUCAUGACGACGAGGGGGGCACUGGCCGUGAAAAAAUGGUGAUCCAAUCGGUCCGCUAUGUCAGCAACACAGUUCCAGCCUCGGAUAAAGGCUGGUUCUUCAGUCGUGUUUUCGCGGGCGCGACUGCAACUGGUCAGACGCUAGGGGUAACAGUCAAUACAAUGAUGUGCAAGCCUUCUUUUGACAAAGCAAGUUAUGACCGUUUUUGUUUCGACCAGACCGGUUCACAGCAGGCAACCCUAAAGGCAUGA